UAUUAGUAUGGCGGUCGUGGUUGUCAACAAAUGCGAUUAUCGGUCACAUUUUGUCGAAUUAUGGCUGUAAAAAACUGUCCAAUGGACAACUAGUCGAGUUAUUGAAUCUUUAAACGAAUUCGUCAAGAAAGAUGGUGAAACAGACGAUCCAGAUCUUUCUACGUGUCAAACCGACAAGGGCUAAGACUGGGCCUUAUGAAAUAGAUGAAGAUGACGGUGGGAAUCCUAGAAUCACCUUUACGGUACCUAGAGAUCUUGCAGGUGGUUUCAUAAACAACAAGAAAGAGCAGUACAAGUUCAGAUUUCAGAGGUUGUUUGAUCAACCUACCAAACAAGAAGAAGUAUUUGAAAAUGUGGCCAGACCAGUCAUAGACAAUGUUCUUGAAGGCUACAAUGGAACUAUUUUUGCCUAUGGACAGACUGGGAGUGGCAAGACAUUUACAAUAACUGGUGGUGCUGAGAGAUAUGCGGACAGAGGCAUUAUACCAAGGUCUUUGUCAUAUAUCUUUGAACAGUUUGAAAAGAAUCCCGGCUUUGAACAUUCCACUCAUAUCUCAUACCUUGAGAUCUACAAUGAGAACGGAUAUGAUCUGCUGGAUCCCAAACAUGAAGUGGCUAAACUAGAAGAUCUUCCCAAAGUGAGUCUGAUGGAGGAUUCUGAUCAAAAUGUUCACCUGAAGAACCUGUCCACUCACACAGCUAGUAAUGAGGAGGAGGCCCUCAACUUGCUGUUCUUAGGAGACACAAACAGGAUGAUAGCAGAGACUCCAAUGAACCAGGCUUCCACACGUUCCCACUGUGUGUUCACCAUUCACAUCACCUCCAGAGAAGUUGGCUCAGCUACCAUAAGAAGGUCUAAGCUCCAUUUGGUGGAUCUGGCAGGGUCUGAGAGGGUUUCCAAAAGUGGUGUCAAUGGCCUGUUAUUGACUGAGGCCAAAUAUAUCAACUUGUCUCUCCAUUACCUAGAACAGGUGAUAGUGGCUCUGUCAGAGAAGAGCAGGCAGCACAUCCCGUAUAGGAACUCUAUGCUGACGUCAGUACUACGAGACAGUCUGGGAGGAAACUGCAUGACCACCAUGAUUGCCACUUGCUCAGUAGAAAGGAAAAAUAUAGAUGAAUCCAUAUCAACAUGUCGGUUUGCCCAGAGGGUGGCGCUGAUUAAGAAUGAGGCACUACUCAAUGAGGAGCUGGAUCCAAAGCUGAUGAUAAUCAAACUUAAAAAGGAGAUUGGCCAGUUAAAGGAGGAGUUGGCCAUGGUUACAGGCGAGACUAGGACAGAUGAUCUGACAGAGGAAGAACUUGAAAGGUGUCAGCAGGCUGUCCAGUCUUACCUCCAGGACACUGACCCAGAGGGGAUCUUGGACAUUGGGGCAGACAUGAGGAAGAUACAGAGAUGUUACAGAAUAAUGAAGCAAAUUAUAUCAGAGAAGCCUCAGAGAAGUCCACAAGAAGAGGAAAUAGAACCUGCAGAUCAGUUUUCUGCCCCCUCUCCCCCACCAACUGAAAGACCAGAGUCCAGAGCCCCAGCAGACUCCAGACAGUUGAAAAAACUUAAUGACAUCAUUAAACAGAGAGAUAAUGAGAUCAAUAUAUUAGUAAACAUGUUAAAAAAGGAAAAGAAACGUGCAGCAGAUGCAAUUUCCCAGCUAGAGAGCCUUGGUCACCGUCCAGCCACAGCCUUGACUGCCCCCGAUGGAGACAGAAUUGUUAAUGGCGUCGCAAGUAGACUGGCAAAACACAGGCCCGGGUCCGAGAAUGAUGCUCUGCCAGAUAAACAUUCCAAGCGUCCCCCUAGUGGACACAGAAGGAGGGAGAGAGAUCCUCCGCAAUUAGAUGAAAAAGAUGAGAAACGGAAGGCUAAAAUUUUGGGAGAUUUAUCAGUGGGCAGACAAGAAGCGUUUGAGAUCUACAGAAGGGAUUAUGAGCACAAUCAGACAAUAGAGGACAACAAGAGUACGCUGAAGGCAAGAUAUGCUGAGGCCAAGAGUCUGGGAGAACUGGUCAAUAAAUCUAGAAAACAAAUAAAUCACAUAAAAUCACAGAUAGAGCACCACAGAAUGACACAAGCCAUGCAAGGUUUAGCUGAUCCAAACAACUCAGAGCCAGAUGACAUAGAGAAAGAAUUAAGAAUAGCCAUAGAGGAAGAAAAACACAAUGGUGCUGUAGUGUUUAACAUAGAAUCCAUAUCAACAUGUCGAUUUGCCCAGAGGGUGGCACUGAUUAAGAAUGAGGCACUGCUCAAUGAGGAGCUAGAUCCAAAGCUGAUGAUAAUCAAACUUAAAAAGGAGAUUGGCCAGUUAAAGGAGGAGUUGGCCAUGGUUACAGGCGAGACUAGGACAGAUGAUCUGACAGAGGAAGAACUUGAAAGGUGUCAACAGGCUGUCCAGUCUUACCUCCAGGACACUGACCCAGAGGGGAUCUUGGACAUUGGGGCAGACAUGAGGAAGAUACAGAGAUGCUACAGAAUAAUGAAGCAAAUUAUAUCAGAGAAGCCUCAGAGAAGUCCACAAGAAGAGGAAAUAGAACCUGCAGAUCAGUUUUCUGCCCCCUCUCCCCCACCAACUGACAGACCAGAGUCCAGAGCCCCAGCAGACUCCAGACAGUUGAAAAAACUUAAUGACAUCAUUAAACAGAGAGAUAAUGAGAUCAAUAUAUUAGUAAACAUGUUAAAAAAGGAAAAGAAACGUGCAGCAGAUGCAAUUUCCCAGCUAGAGAGCCUUGGUCACCGUCCAGCCACAGCCUUGACCGCCCCCGAUGGAGACAGAAUUGUUAAUGGCGUCGCAAGUAGACUGGCAAAACACAGGCCAGGAUCCGAGAAUGAUGCCCUGCCAGAUAAAUAUUCCAAGCGUCCCCCUAGUGGACACAGAAGGAGGGAGAGAGAUCCUCCGCAAUUAGAUGAAAAAGAUGAGAAACGGAAGGCUAAAAUUUUGGGAGAUUUAUCAGUGGGCCGACAAGAAGCAUUUGAGAUCUACAGAAGGGAUUACGAGCACAAUCAGACAAUAGAGGACAACAAGAGUACGCUGAAGGCAAGAUAUGCUGAGGCCAAGAGUCUGGGAGAACUGGUCAAUAAAUCUAGAAAACAAAUAAAUCACAUAAAAUCACAGAUAGAGCACCACAGAAUGACACAAGCCAUGCAAGGUUUAGCUGAUCCAAACAACUCAGAGCCAGAUGACAUAGAGAAAGAAUUAAGAAUAGCCAUAGAGGAAGAAAAACACAAGUAUAAAGAAACAUUCAAUCGUCUCCGUGUUUUGAAGACGGAGAUUGAGCACUUGCAGCACUUACUGGAGAAAUCCAAGGUGAAGCUGCUGAAAGAUUUUGAGCUCUGGUGGACUGAACAGAGUGCAAUAGCUGAGUCCCAGCAACAAAAUGUCCACAGUAAAGGCCACAAGACAGCAUGGAAAACACCACCACUGUCACCUUUGAAACAAAGUGCCAGUGGAUCAUCCAUAACAACACAGGGGUCCCAGUUUUCUGAGCCCCAGGGUCCAGGUAGGCCGCCACACCCAGGGUCCCUAAGACAUAGUGGAGUGGGGACCACCUAUAUCAAGUCAACCAAUACAAUGAACAAGGAAUCCAGUGGAUAUCAUACUGAAGUGUCUGGGACCAACCACCAGCAGUCAUGGAGGGUUGGAUCAGAGGCUACUAAGCCUCCCCUUCAGCUCACAGGAGAUGCACAGGCGGAUGCUGACAUCAUGGCUUUCAUGAGAGCAAGACAGAACUUGUUAAAAAAAGCUCAACAAGGAAACAGGUAGCUGAAUGAAUUGUUAGAAUAUUGUCUUCGAAGGGGUCUUCAGAUGGUUUUCACCUGAGUGAGACU